AUGCGUCUCUCCACCCUCUUCGCCGCUGCCGUGGCCGGCCUCAGCUCCCUCGCGAGUGCCGCCUCCCUCCAGCAGGUGACCUCCUUUGGCGCCAACCCCUCGGGGGCUAAGAUGUACAUCUACGUCCCGGACCGCGUCGCCACGAACCCGGCCAUCAUCGUUGCGAUCCACUACUGCUCCGGCACGGCGAAUGCGUACUACACCGGCACCCCCUACAAGGGAUACGCCGACACCUACGGGUUGAUCGUGAUCUACCCGGAGUCGCCGUACAGCGGAACUUGCUGGGACGUGAGCUCGCCGGCGACGCUGACGCACAACGGCGGCGGGAACAGCAACGCCAUUGCCAACAUGGUGACCUAUACGCUUGAUAAGUACAAUGGAGACCGGAGCAAGGUGUUUGUGACGGGAACAUCAUCGGGCGCCAUGAUGACGAACGUCAUGGCAGCAACCUACCCCGAGCUCUUCGCUGCCGGCAUUGCCUACUCGGGUGUGCCCGCGGGUUGCUUCUACACCGGCACCGUCAACGGCUGGAACUCGACCUGCAGCCAGGGCAACUCUAUCGCGACGCAGCAGGCCUGGGCGCAGACCGCGCUCAACAUGUAUCCCGGAUACACGGGAUCCAGGCCGCGCAUGCAGAUCUACCACGGCAGCGCCGACACGACGCUGUACCCGCGAAACUGGAACGAGACCAUCAAGCAAUGGACGGGCGUGUUCGGGUACAGCCUCACGGCGCAGCAGACGCUGCCGGGCACACCGAGUGGACAGUACACCAAGUACAUCUACGGGCCAAACUUGGAGGGGAUUUACGGGGCAGGCGUUGGGCAUAGCGUGCCGGUCAUGGGGGCGGAGGAUCUGAAGUGGUUCGGGAUCACGGGCGGCUCAACACAACCCGGGACGACAACGCAGAGCUCUGCGCCGCCCCCGGCGACUUCGACCGCAAGCCCGCCUCCGACCGGAGGAUGCACGGUGGCUAGAUGGGGGCAGUGCGGCGGGAGCGGGUGGAGCGGGUGCACCACUUGUGCAAGCCCGUAUACGUGCCAGGCUUCAAACCAGUGGUACUCUCAAUGUUUGUGA